GAAUUACCGUCCUGGUCUCUCUUCUCAAUUUCUCACACAUCUGAAAUCGUCAUCAUGUCGAUUCUUCACCACCUGUUCUACUACCCGUUGCUACCCUCGGUCUUCAUCGCCGGCAUGUUCGCCUCCGCCUGUGCGUUCGCCGUCGUCGGCAGCUUCACCGAGGCCUGGGGCCUAAACUUCACGUACUCCAAGUUCUCCCCCUUCUCCUCCUCCUCCUCCUCCUACGCUUCCGGCGUCAAGCCCUCGAUCCGCUGUGUCCCCAGCCGCACAGGGAUGCUACUGAUCUAUACUCCGGCCCUGGUAGCAGCCGCGGCCGCCGCCUUCCUCCCUGGAGCGCUGGCCGGCGAGAGGUCAUGGCUGCUCUGUUUCGUUCUCUUCGUCCACUUCUUCAAACGAGUUCUAGAGGUUCUCUUCAUCCACCAGUACAGUGGCCACGUCCCCCUCAACACAGCCCUCCAAAUCUCCCCUGGCUACCUCUCAGCCACUGCCUGCUUACUCCAUGCCCAGAACCUCGCCGUCCACCCUCCAACUCUCGACCUGCAACUCGCAGGCAUCCUCCUCUUCCUCGCAGGCAUCACCGGCAACUUCUACCACCACCUCCUCCUCGCCGGCUUAAGAACCAACAACAACAACAACAAGGGGGACAAGUCCUACAAGAUCCCCAAAGGGGGGCUCUUCGGCCUGGUGGCCUGCCCACACUACCUCUUCGAGGCCAUUGAGUUCGUGGGGUUCGCCCUCAUCUCGCAGACCCUGUUUGCCUCGGGCGUGCUGGUGGGCACCUUGGGCUACUUGAUGGGCCGCAGCUGGGCGACAAGGAAGUGGUAUCUCUCCAAGUUUAAAGGAGAGUUCCCGAGGCAUGUCAAGGCCUUGAUUCCUUAUGUGUUCUAGACUUUAGCUAAUUAGCAAGCGUCUGAAUGUUUGAACUUUUCUCAUUUUAAAAGCAUAGUCUAAGCCAAGAACAGUAAUUUCUAUUGGAGAUGUAGUAAGGGACUGUUUAUUUGGGGGGUUUGGAAUGAGAAUGAAAUUAAACUUG